GUACAGACAAACCUCAUACAUCGUAGUGCAAAAUGGACGACUUCGAUACUACCGACCGGCCGAGCAAGAGGCGACGUCUGUCUGACGAUGAGGACCAACAAGUACCACCAGCUGUAGUUAUACAAGAGGGCUUAUCCCGCAUCAAGAAGAAGACUACUGCGGAUCCGAGACCAGAUGCGACAUCCUAUCAGAAAACUGAAAACAAUGGCAGCACUUUACAGUCCAUUCAGGAUUCCAUGGACGACAAUGAGCCACUUACCUUCACGGAUCUCGGCGUAUCGCCAUGGCUAAUCCAAUCCCUGAAAAAUCUAUCCAUUUCUCAUCCGACGCGCAUUCAGAAGUCUACAAUACCUCAAAUUCUAGCUGGACGAGACUGCAUCGGCGGUAGCCGCACUGGCAGUGGAAAGACGAUCGCAUUCUCCCUACCAAUACUACAGCAAUGGUCAAAAGAGCCGUCUGGCAUCUUCGCAUUGAUUCUGACCCCCACGCGGGAAUUGGCCCUUCAGAUCUACGAACAAAUUCAAGCUAUAGGAGGCAACCAGGGAAUCCGGUCAGUACUUGUCACUGGUGGAGCUGAGAUGCGAAAGCAGGCCAUCGAGCUGGAAAAGCGUCCGCAUGUCGUAAUCGCUACUCCUGGACGAUUAGCGGAUCACGUACUCAACAGUGGCGAGGACACUAUCAAAGGUUUUAGGAAAGUCAAGUUCGUCGUAUUCGAUGAGGCAGACCGGCUGCUGCAAUCAGGGAAAGGGAGUAUGCUCAGAGAUGUCGAAAGGUGUCUGGAUGCUGUACCCAGCGCUGCGAAGCGACAAACCCUGUUGUUCACUGCCACUGUUACACCAGAGGUUAGAGCAUUGAAGGAGUCGCCCCGAGAGAAUGGACGCUUGCCACCAUUCAUAUCUGAGGUCGACAUCGAUUCGCUGGCAAUCCCCCCGACUCUGCAUCAGACGUACCAACUCGUCAAUGUACUGCACAAGGAGAAAUAUUUGCAUGUUCUUCUUGGAACUCCAGCAAAUGUAGAGAAGACGACCAUCAUCUUCGCAAAUCGUGCGGAGACUGCCAAUCUCCUCGAAUACAUGCUUCGAGGCUUGGAGCAUCGUGUGACUGCAUUGCACUCUGGAUUAGCACAUGAAGAUCGAGUCAAUAAUCUGGCGCGAUUCAGAGCGAAGGCAGCAAGAAUUCUGGUGGCUACAGAUGUUGCAUCGCGUGGUCUCGAUAUACCAGACGUCGGUCUAGUGAUCAACUACGACCUUCCACGUAAUCCAGACGACUACAUUCAUCGUGUCGGACGUACUGCACGAGCAGGGAGACGCGGUGUAAGCAUAUCGUUAGUAGGUCAACGAGACGUCGAGCUUGUCAAAGCAAUCGAGGAGCGAGUUGGAGAAGAAAUGGUCCAGUACGAAGAAGAAAAGGUCUCUAUUGAGACACGUGUGAUCAAAGAAGCACUCAACGUGGUCGGCGACAUGAAGCGAGAGGCCAUGCUUGCUAUCGAAGAAGGCCGAGAUGUGAAAGGGAAGCGAAAGCAUGGCGCUGUCAAUGCCUUGAGAGCCAGCAAGAAGAAGAAGGCGGCAUAAACAGCGUUGCAUGUCUUUCAACCUGCGAACGAUCUCGAUGUCGGAGAAACGAUAGCUUGAGACCAACACAGGACCACGAUGGCCUGUCACCUCAAAUGUUACGUAAGCGACACAUCAGGC